AUGAUGGGAUGUGUAUGAAAUCCUGCAUUUCCAUGAAUGCUCAGCUCUGCCUCCCUUUCGACUACACUCCAGGAGCCUGCGAGAUCUUUUCUCCCCACAUCUCUCUCUUUCUCUCUUUCCCCUCUCUCAUUCCUGCGCUUACUCUCCUCUGUCACCAUCUGUCACAACUGCGUUCUCACACCCCCUCAUUUCCCCCUUUUUUCUCCCCUCUCAUUUUCUCCCUCCCUCCCUCUCUCUCCCCCCUUAUGCUCUUUCUCUCCAUCAUAAUCACUAUGUCACUCCCCCUCCUUCCUUCCUCAUUCUCUCUCUCUCUCAAUCUCUCUCUCUCAACCAUUCAUUCUCUCUCUUCCUCCCUCAUCCUCGCCCCACACCUCCUCCCCUGUCGCUCCCCUCGGAACCUCUUCCGAUUGGCUGGUGGCACCGUUCCCGGGAGUAAUUGACACACCGCUUGAUCUACCUAACCCUGCGAGAGACAACAAGCGCCCCCCCCCCACUUCAGCAGAAGGAGAGCUGGAGGGGCGGGGGGAUCGUCCGGCUGGGCUCCACUCAGCAAACGCUGCAAGACUGCCUGCCUUCUUACCUGCAGCAGCCCUGGAGAGACCAGGUGCAAAAGUAUCAGCAGCGGCGGCAGGGAAGCAGAUGUAGGAGCGCAGGGGCCUGAGCAGGGAUGCCACCUCUCCAGCAGAAGCAGAAGGAAGGGGAGAUAAUCAGAGGAAUUAACAAGAAUGCUAAACAUCGUCCUGGAGAGUGAAGGCAGAUAUCCAUUCUUUUGAUACACCCCUUCCGACUGAUCCAGUGGGAUAAUCACCUCACUCUUCUGCCAUGGACAAUUUCAACUUCACCACCAUACUGGCUUCCUGGGAAGAGAAUUCAACAGCCAGCUGGGCAGCCCCUGUUUCUGGGAACCUAUCCCAAGCUUCCAGGCUCGGCCUGGAUGUCAGUGGUGUACUCAUCCCUCUGGUUUACCUCAUCGUCUGCGUGGUGGGACUAGCCGGAAACUCCCUGGUCAUCUAUGUGGUUUUGUGCCAUUCCGUGAGCGAAUCGGUGACCAACGUCUAUAUCUUCAACUUGGCACUGGCCGACGAGCUCUUCAUGUUCGGCUUGCCCUUCUUGGCUGCACAAAAUGCCUUAUCCUAUUGGCCUUUCGGUUCCUUUAUGUGCCGGCUAGUGAUGGCCGUGGAUGCUAUAAACCAGUUCACUAGUAUUUUCUGCCUGACCGUGAUGAGUGUAGACCGCUACCUGGCGGUAGUGCACCCGGUGAAAUCAUCAAAAUGGCGGACGGCACGUGUGGCCAAGGCGGUCAGCGCCACUGUUUGGGUGCUCUCUUCCGUGGUGGUGCUGCCUGUGGUCGUGUUUUCAGAUGUCCCCCCGGGCAUGAGCACAUGCCACAUCCAGUGGCCUGAGCCGGCUUCAGUCUGGAAAGCAGGUUUCAUUGUCUACACAGCCACUCUUGGCUUCUUUGGGCCUCUGCUGGUCAUCUGCCUAUGUUACCUGCUUAUUGUUGUCAAGGUUCGGUCGUCGGGCAGAAAGGUGAGAGCACUGACGGCCAAGCGCAAGCGCUCCGAGCGGAGAGUCACGCGCAUGGUGGUUGCCGUCGUCGCGGUCUUUGUCCUCUGCUGGCUGCCUUUCUAUGUGCUCAACAUCAUCAACGUCAUCUGGACUUUGCCCGAGGAGCCAUCUCUCUUUGGCAUCUACUUCCUUGUUGUGGUCUUGCCCUAUGCUAACAGCUGUGCCAACCCCAUAAUCUAUGGCUUCCUCUCGUACCGCUUCAAGCAGGGUUUCCGCAGGGCUCUUCUCAGACCCUCCCGCCGAGUGCAGAACCAAGAAAUUGCAGCAGCAGCAACCACGGGUGGUAAGAUGGAGGAAGAGGAAGAAGAAGACGACGAAAUGGAGGCAGAAGCAAGUGAGGUCAGCAAGAUUGCCCAAAACGGCAAUGGCAUGCAAGAGUGCGCCCCCAUUAGUGGGGCAGGGGGGAGCAGUGAACAGAAGCCACUGCCAGAGGAGCCUGGGAUCUCUGACAAGCCAAGUGUUAUGAACAUUAGCUACUUGUAGUGACUCUUCUUCUCUCUGAAACACCCAGGCAGUGACUCAUUUGGAAUAACAAACGGAAGGAUCAUUCAUAAUGCAAGGGAUUCCUAAAAAACAGAAAGCCUGAGAGGGAUGUGGGCAGAUAAAUAUCCUCUUUCAAACAGUAAAGCAAGGCCUAACAACCAGAGUGGCGGGUAGAGCAAAGGCUUCUGGGAUUUGGUUUGGAAGAAGUGUAUUUCCUUGGCUGACAUGACUGGUUAUUA